AUGAUUCGUUUGGCUCGUGAUUUCUUUGCUUUGCCGGCGGCGGAGAAACUCCGGUUUGAUAUGUCCGGUGGCAAGAAAGGGGGUUUUAUUGUGUCCAGUCACCUUCAGGGUGAAGCAGUUCAAGAUUGGCGAGAGAUUGUGACAUACUUUUCAUACCCGAUCAAGGCCCUCAAUGUCAUGCUAAUGCCAAAGAUGAGGUGGCUUCUUAUUAGAGUUCUGCAGCCCACUUAUCGACCGUUACGGCGUGAUCCGAGUUCUCCAUGGGAUCUGAUGCCUGCAUACCCAGUACGCUGUGAUCAUUGGAGUUCUCCAUGUGUUCCAACACCUGCAUACCCCGUUCACUGUUAUCGGUGUCGCUUUUAA